AUGAAUGAACUGUUAACCGACACUAAGAGAUUUCGCAGCUAUAGCCAUGGACAAAUCACCCAUAAUGCCAAUCAUCGACGCAAUAAUUCAACACAUUCUAUUGAUAUCUUUAGCUUAAUUGUUCCAACCAAUACUAAUUCAACAUUAUCACAUUUAACAUGUUCUAUAUGUUCAUUACCAAUGAUGAAACCGACUAUAUUACCAUGUCAACAUUCAUUUUGUUUUAAAUGUAUACAAAAGAAUCAACAAACUCGAUCGAGUUCAGUACCAAUUCAUUCAAACCAUUGUUUAUUAUCAAGUAUUAAUCAAACAAUAGUAAUAAAAUGUCAAAAAUGUUCACAGAUACAUAAUAUAAAGUCUUUAUCAGAUUUAGAAGAAAAUCAAUCAAUUAAAUUAUUAAUAAAUACACUUUCAUGUGAACAGUGUCAUCAAUUAUAUUCAUCAGAUCAACUAGAUACAUGUUCACAUUGUUUUGGUGUAAUUUGCUCGAAAUGUUAUCAAGAACAUGUUCAAAAUCAUCAAAAUAACUCAGCAGAAAAUAGAAAUCUUUAUCGAAUUGUAUCCACAGAUGAAACAAUGAAUAUCAAUAUGAUUACAAAUUCAGCCGAAAAAAAUAAAAAUAGUCAAAUAUUGAAACCACGAACAUUGAAUACUGAAGAAAAAUCUGUAAUGAACUCAACUAGACCAAUAAUAGUAAUAGAAAAUAGCCAAAUUGAAAACUCAGAUCCAUCACAAAUCAAUAGCAAUAAGAAGAAAAAAUCGAAUAAUCCUUUUCGUAGAUUAAUGAGUCCCUCUCGUCAUCGUCGAUGGCCUAACGUGACUGAUAAAGAUUCAAUUACGAAAAAUUCUACAUCGCCUGCUAACAAAAAAACAACUUCAACAAAAAGUUUUUCUAAAAACAAAAAAUUGACUGUUGAUACAAAUAUUGAAUCAACAGCACCAAUAGAAACUACUCAAACAACCGUACCUGUUACACCUGUAGGUCAAUUUUUGAAUCUUCAUGAUCAAUUUACAUUUACGGAUCAACAUAUAAAACGAUGUAAACAACGUCGAUCUGAAUUAGAUCGAACUGUCAAGAAACUGAUUGAAAUGUUAACAAUGAAAACAACUGAAAAUAUUAAUCAAAUAACCCAAUAUUGGCUUCAUUUUAAGCAAACAUUAUUAGAUCGAUUUCAAUCGAAAACAAAUCGAUUUCUUAUAAUUGAUUACUUACUAAAAACCUGUUGUUCAAAAUCAGAUUCCCGAAAACAAAUCGAUUCAUAUGUAGAACAAAAUGAUGAAAUCAAAGCAGCUGUUGAAGCUCUAUCAAUGACAUUAAUGGUUGUCACUAAAAGAGAAUCUCUAUUAACAAUAAGCUAUCUAUUCGAUCGUGAACAACAAGCAACAAUAAGUAAAUUAAAACAUCAACUUGAAUCAUUAUUGUCAUCGUAUUCUGAUGAACUUUCAACAAUUAAUGAAUUUAUUAAUGUGUACGAAACUCGUUUUGCUACAUGGAGAGAUCCUACAGUAACUGAAUUGAAUAUAUUAACUGAAAAAUGGACAGAAAUUAUCAAAGAAGAUUAUCCAUCAUUAGUUGAAAAAAUUUCCAAUGAUUUUAUAACUACAAUACCACAAAUAGAAAAAGUACUGAUACAAAUGCUUAGUAAUAUGCAAAAACGUUUGCUAAAUAUGGAUAAUCGAAUAGCAAGUCGAAGGACUAGUCUUUGUUAA